AUGGCGCUGGAGGCGCUGCAGCAGCCGCAGCAGCAGCAGCACAAAAUUUUGGAAAUGAAAGCUUACAGAUUGGCCAGCAACAAAACAGAUGGAGAUGUUGCUGAGAUUCUUUUCUUCACUUUGCUGCAGCAGCUAAUUCUCGAGGCCCCCCGAACCAAAGAAGCUUUUGUGGAGUGGCUGAAGGACGAGGAGACAGAAAGCGAUUAA